ACGCGAUAAAUAACAUCAAUUAAUCAUUUUAACUUUGCAUCACCAAUCUACAAUUCCUUAUCCUUCUUCGCGACAUUUGUGUCGCCUACGUCGCCAAUAUGUCCUUACAACUUAAGAAAUCAUAUCAUCCCGCACUCCUCCGAAAUCAGCGCCGCGUUUACGAGGAGGAGCAAAAGGCUUUAGAAGAGCGCAAGAAGACCGAAGCGCGCAUUCAAGAGAUCAAGGAAGAACGCGCCAAAGAAGAACUUCAGAGGCAACUUGCCGUAUCCGGGGGCCGUAAGGUAGUUGAUCGUGUCGAUUGGAUGUACCAGGGACCUAGUGAUGGUCAAAAUGGCACUUCCGAAGAACUUGAAGGCUACUUGCUUGGAAAGCGCCGCAUCGAUAAUAUUUUAACCAAGGGAUCCGAUCAUGAAAAACUUAAAAAGACUGCCGGCCCGGAGAGUUUUAUGGCAUUACAAAAUGCCAAUACAGAAAGAGAUACCGCGAUGAAAAUUCGAGAAGACCCUUUACUAGCUAUUAAGAAGCAAGAGCAAGCUGCUUACGAGGCUAUGAUGAACGAUCCCAUAAAAAGAAGACAACUACUCGCAUCGAUGGGACAUGCAGACGAGAAGCAUUCGUCACACAAGAAGGAGGAUCGCCAUUCGAGGCGACAUAGACAUAGAUCGCAUUCCAGAGAACAUCGCCACCGCCGACAUCAUCGAUCUGACUCUAGAGAAAAAGACGAAUCAAGAGAACGGCGACACAGACAUCGCCGAGCUGAGUCGAGAGAUAGGUCAGGAAGCCGGGAUCGUCACAAUUCAAAGAAAGAUCGCUAUGCUGAGCGACCCGAACGGAGAGAAUCGGACGCAAGGGGUGAACACAGAGACGAUGAUAGAUCACGUAGAGGUCGAUCAAGAAGCCCACGUCGCAGUGAUACUAAGGAAGACAGCUAUCGACGCCGUCGCGACUAUUCCGACGAGCGACCCCGAGAACGACGACGGUAUUCUGAUAACCAAGAUGACUAUGAUCGUCGCGACCGCCGUGACUACCGCGAUCGACGUCCAUACAAAGAUGGCCCGAACAGCAACCGCCCCAACAAAGGUGCUAGCGCAGAUAACUCUGCGGAUUCGGCUGCAGAAGAACGAGCUCGAAAGCUCGCAGCUAUGCAAGAAGCGGCCACAGAACUCGAUCAAGACCGGGAGAAGCGAUUGGCAGCACUAGCUGAGAAGGAACGUCAAGAACGAGAAGCUGACGACAAAGCUCGAGAGAAGUCCGGAAGAUACGGGGACAGAGAAUUCGUGAAUGGUCUACGGAGGCAAGUCAUAUCGUGAGACAAGACAGGAAAAUGGAUGUAGGCGCCUUCUAGCAAGGUCCUUUAACGCAAACAGGGAGAGACAACAGGGUUUCUAAGGCUAUGUUGCUGGACGCCCGGUAUAUUAAUCCUAUGGAUUUCUCAGGGCCGCAGAUGAGUUUACUAAAUGUGUGCUACUGGUAAGGGUCAUUACGCAAUUUAUGGUUUGUAGCUGUGCUAAUGGAAAAGACGGUGACGUUGAGUCGUUCAUGGCUUGGACAGGCGCGAGGUCUUAUAUAGCCUGGUUAAAAUAUUUGGAAUUCUUAUGGGAGCUUACCUAGAUUAGGUACCAAAGCCUGUUUAAUGUCGGCCUUGUUUUAUUCGUAACGAGGGAAACCAUCAAGUUGAAGAUUAGCUGGCCCGAAAAAGAACCAAGCAGUACGGCGAGCCAUCUGACACGCAAUGAAAAUACAUUUUACAGAGGAAGACUGUCAAUGCUACUUAGGUACCUUCGGUGUCUACGAUUGAAUCACCAUACUCAAC